CAGGUGGUCACGUCAAAGGGCGUAUGUGUAAAAGAAAGCAGGAUCGCGCCCAUAACAAUUCAUUCAAGCUGUGUUAAGUUGGACCAAGUCAUAUAAUUGGCUUCCCAAGCUUUGACUCAACAUGUCUCAUGUGCAGAUUAUGCAGAAGGUACUUCCCAGGGCGCCGCAAGGAUCGCCGCUGCCUUCCGUUACCGCCACCAGCUCACUUACAUAUUCGUAAACGCCCGUUCAUUCGUCAUCCACCAGCAUUAUCACUGCCCUUCUUUUCCAGACUCUGCCAUACUUCUACCUACCGCUCUUAUCCUUGAAUUCUAAGAACGCACGUCCCUUUAGCCCUGCUAGAUUCUAUUAUCUUUGAAAUCAAGUAGAUGCACAGCCCAGACGCACUAUGAAUGGGGCUCUUGUGAAUGGGACGGCGUCAUUACCUGCCACAACCCAGCAAGAUCCGUCUGUCCAGAAAUUGGCAGAAGAGCCGCUCAAUUUAGCUGGUAUCGCGGCUCGCAGGGCCAAAGCUGGAAAGCUAAUUGCCGGGACUGCGGCGUACUCGGAUAGUGAUAUGUUCAAGAGCCCGCACGCAUUUGACCAACCGAAAGCAAAGCGGUGGGAUCAUAUCCUAACUGACGAUGUAAUCUCUCGGCAGCCUUGCGCUUUAAAACAAGCAGCAAGGUUCCUAAAGAAACCUGGCAUGUUAUCACUUGGUGGUGGACUGCCAUCGUCAGAUAAUUUCCCUAUAGAAUCAAUAAGCAUGCAUGUGCCACAAGCACCACUCUUCGACAAAGCUUCUACUGAGACACCGGAGAGUAUUGCCACUAUUGGUAAGCAUGAUAUUAGGGACAAAGAUGGUGUCUUCGACCUUGCCGUUGGCCUCAACUAUGGGCAGUCUAUAGGAUCUGCGCAAAUGUUGCGCUGGGUGACCGAGCACACCGAACUCGUCUCCCGCCCUCCUUACGCGGACUGGCGAUGUGCACUAAGUAUAGGCAGUACAGGCGCACUAGAUUCGGCAUUGCGCAUGUUCUGUGACCGCAACCGGCGCGACUCCGUGCUCACCGAGGAGUAUAGCUUUUCCACAGCGCUGGAGACUAUUCAUCCGUUAGGUAUCAAGAUUGUUGGUGUGCGUGUGGAUGAGCAAGGUCUUCUACCUGAUAGCUUAGAUGAAACUCUAAGUAGCUGGGACGAAAUUGCCAGAGGUGCUAGGAAGCCUACGGUACUCUACACAGUGCCGUCUGGUCAGAACCCGACUGGCGCGACGAUGGGAGCGCAGAGACGCCAAGAUGUCUAUAAUGUGUGUAGAAAACACGACAUAUUUAUCUUCGAGGACGAGCCUUACUACUAUCUGCAGAUGCCACCGUAUGACAAGGCGAAGUCACUUGCCCGACCUGGAGCCGUCGACAGCUCCUCAAACCAAGACCCGGAGGAAUUCCUGAAAACUCUCAUCCCAACCAUGCUGAGCAUUGACAUCGACGGGCGUGUACUGCGCAUGGAUUCCUUCAGUAAAGUCAUAAUCCCGGGCUCCCGGAUGGGCUGGAUCACAGCGAGCGAACAGGUUAUCGAACGCUACAUUCGACUCCAGGAAUGUGUAGCCCAGGGCCCAUCUGGCCUAUCCCAAGUAUUAUUAUACAAGCUACUCGAUGAGACAUGGGGUCACGAUGGAUAUCUGAGGUGGCUGGUGAAUCUGAGAAGCGAGUACACCCGGCGAAGAGACACGCUGCUCGACGCCUGCGAGAAAUAUUUGCCUAAAGACGUCGUAAGCUGGACCCCACCGACCGCGGGUAUGUUUCAUUGGCUGCACGUAGACCACAGCCGUCAUCCACACGCUGGACAAAAGACGAUACUCGAGAUUGAGGAAGAAAUAUUCGAUUCUUGCGUCGAGCGCGGAGUCCUCGCUUGCCGCGGCUCGUGGUUUUCUGCUGAGAGAGACGUCGAGCCUACCGGCCUCUUCUUCCGCACUACGUUCGCGGCAGCGUCACAGAGUGAUAUGGAUGUCGCCGUGAAGCGCCUGGGAGAAGCCAUCCGGGCCAGCUUCGAAAUAUAGGUAAGGAUCUGGACGUACCGACCAGGGCAGAAUGUCAAGUCCCUGAGACCUGCUGGCUGGUGGUACUGGCGUAUGAGUGUCUGUCAGUUUCGACUAAAGGG